AUGAGUAGACUAAAAAAUGUGUCGAGUAGUCGACACAGAGUGAAAGGUCGACUACUGACUGUUCUCUUCUUUCUAACAAUAUGCAUGAUAUAUAAAUUACGCGGUAAUUUAGGCUUAAUAACCGAUAAGUUCCUACAUCAAAUAGAUCAAAAUACAUCUGAUGGUAAAUCAUAUUUUAUUCUACAACAAGUAUAUCGGCAUGGUGUUGGGGAAAACUACCAACAUCACCAAGUACUCGAGGUAUCAGAAACGGUAGCCGCCCAAGCAAAUAUGCUAUUCCAGAUGCAAGAAGCCCAAUUAAUGAAGGGGUCAAAGGAUGAGGAAUCGAUGUGGUCAACCAAUCCUCGUUAUAGAACAAAUAAUCCUUUCUCUUACAAAUUCAGGAUAAGCCAGGACGAUACAACUGUUCCCAGAAUGAAGAACCGAGAACCUAAAUAUCUGGAAUUUUUGGCUAGCGAUACUGGUAGACAAGUCACACCUGAAUGGGAGGACGAGAUUAUUAGGGUUCCAAAUAUUACCGAUAUAGAUUCUGUGAUCGGUCUUGCACUUAUGUCCUCGAAUGCAUAUGUUGGAAUCCCACAUACCGGAGAUUGGCGUAAUGUCACACAACCGUGGGAUCGCAGGGAAACUGAUGGGUUUGGUUGGGAUGGCGAAGGUCUAAGAGGCCACGUUUUCUAUAACAAAGUCGAUGAUAUUGUGGUAAUAUCUAUCAAAGGGACGAGUGCUCAGGGUGUUCCAGGGGCUGGUGACGACGAAACAACUACUAAUGACAAACUAAAUGACAAUCUAUUAUUCUCAUGUUGUUGUGCAAGAGUGAGUUACUUAUGGAAUACCGUAUGUGAUUGUUACAUAAAAUCUAAUACAUGUGAUGAAUCUUGUUUAGAGAAAGAAAUAAGACGAAAAGAUCGUUAUUACCAAGCUGUAAUUGAUAUAUAUACAGAUGUCAUACUGCAAUAUCCUACCGCUACUGUUUGGAUGACAGGGCAUUCACUUGGGGGUGCGUUGGCUGCGUUAGUUGGGAGAACGUUCGGCCUUCCAGUUGUUACUUUCGAGGCACCAGGUGAAUUACUUGCUGCAAAAAGACUGCAUUUACCAUUCCCACCUGGAUUACCACAAUACCUGGAUACUGUCUGGCAUUUCGGACACACUGCAGACCCGAUAUUCUUAGGAACUUGUAACGGUGCCAGUUCGUCAUGUUCGAUAGCCGGAUAUGCCAUGGAGACAUCAUGUCAUUCAGGACAAGUAUGUAUAUACGAUGUAGUUAAAGAUAAAGGUUGGCAUGUCAAUAUGCUCAAUCAUAGAAUUCACACAGUAAUCGAUCAGAUUCUCACUGAAUACAAUAAAACCGCUGAAUGUGUCGUACCUGAGCCAUGUGUGGACUGUUACAAUUGGAAUUUUUGGCCUGACCGUGACCACAAGAAAAUUACUACAACAGAGAUCAGUUCCACAACUGUACAACAUUCAACUUCUGUAUGCAUCGGAAGAAACUGGCUUGGUGUGUGUACUGCUUGGGCUACUGUCCCGGAUACAAAUGCACCGAAUGAGACUGCCAUUUCAUAUGCUACGGAGCAAGACAUAGAGAAGAAUACAUUGACGAAGCAUCCUUAA